AUGAAUUGGAUUACCUGGGCUUCAGUGCCCAUACUGGUGUUCGGCAUGUGGCUCUACUCAUCGCAGGCUAGCAGCUCUUUUCCGAACCUUCGUCACAAACGCAUCGUGCUGCUCAUUGCCCAUCCCGAUGACGAGGCCAUGUUUUUUGCGCCUAUACUGCUUGCUUUGACGCGUCCAGAGAAUAGAAAUCACAUCAAGAUUCUUUGCUUGAGCAGCGGUGAUGCGGAUGGCUUGGGCGAGACUAGAAAGAAAGAACUUGUGAAGAGCGGCCUGCAACUGGGAAUACAUAGUGAGGACGAUAUACUCGUGAUUGAGGACGAGCAUGUGAACUUCCCCGACUCCAUGUCAGCGAACUGGCAUCCUCGCCUGAUAGCGAACCUCCUCCUAUCAGCAUUCGCCCCGAAGAUGGCAUCCCUUCCUUCGAAACAGGCCCCCGAGGCAAACAUUGAUGUCCUUAUCACAUUCGACCGACACGGCAUCUCCUCCCACGCGAACCACCAGGCACUCUAUCACGGAGCGCAUGCGUUCCUGAAAGCGUUGAUGCAUAAACACAGCGGCUGGGACUGUCCGAUCAAACUUUACACGCUCACUACUACAACUAUAGCGCGCAAAUAUCUUAGCCUACUCGAUGCGCCCCUGACCAUCGCAAGAGCGGUGCUCUCUCGCAAGGAGCUUGGAAACUAUCCGACGCCAUUGGUCACCAUCAGCUCACCGGUUGGCUACAGAAAGGCGCAGAAGGCCAUGACAACUGCUCACAAGAGUCAGAUGCGCUGGUUUCGGUGGGGUUGGAUCACAUUUUCACGAUACAUGAUCAUCAACGACCUGCGAAAGGAGAAGACGCUGUGA